CCCAUUACAAUCAUUGUGAAUUCUCCGAGGUAAAAAAAAUUUAAUUCUGCGUUGAAGUACUCGGGCUCUUUUUUAGAUUGGCAUUGAUUUUUAAAUCAAAUCUCGAAAAUAAAAACUGAAGCAUAUGAACUGAAUCGUCGGAAAUAUAAAAUUUCGUUAGCUAUUGUUUGUGUUUUAUUAUUCUUAGAUAUUUGGACGAAGAAGUAAUGGAUAGAAAUGAUAGAUCAGCCACGCCGCAACUGGCACCCGAUCAGCAAGCUCCUACCGACACAGCCGCAAACGGAACAAAUCAACAGUUGUCUACGACAACUCAAUGUAAGAAGCCACGUCCAGAUCUGAGCUCACUGCCCACCCGACAAUAUUUAGACCAAACAGUAGCACCGAUAUUACUACAUGGAUUGCAGACGUUGGCUCGUGAACGGCCACCAGACCCCAUAAGUUUCUUGGCAGCAUACCUUCUGAAGAACAAAAAUCGUUGUGAAGAUUCAAUACCAGAAAAUAUUUAGAUUAUAACUGCAAACGAAGUUAGCGCAAUUAAAUAUGCGCUAAUAUAUGGAUCCGUAGUACCAGCUGUAAA